UGUCUCAAUUAUUUUUAUCGAUAUUACCCUUGUGUAUGCUUUCUACUAUUUCUACUAUUUGUCCCAUGAAAUCGAGCAUUGAUCAACCACUCUGCAAUUUUGAAUCUACUUUUGCUUGGGAUGUUUGCGUGCUUAAUUUUACAUUUUACAUGUUCCACUCUCUUUAAAAUUUCGUUGGUGGUAGUCGUAGUGGUCAUACUUAUGGGUGUUGCUGGAGGUAGUUAGCAUGCACUUAGUUUUACAUGCUUCAAUUUCUGUGUGUAAUUCGUUGAUCAUAGUCAUUGUGGUCAUAGUUAUGGUUAUUUCCGGAGAAAUUUGGAAUUUCCUCUGAUGUAUUUGUACCUUCUUGUUCAACGUUUAGGUUAGAUGAAAGUCGUAAACUUGAGGGUUUAUUUGAUCAUUUGCUGUUUCAUUUGAUUUACUAUACAUGGCUGGUUAAAUUUAUUUAUUCUAAUUUAAAUUUAUCACUAGCAUGGACAUUUCUUUAGUCGAAUUUCAUCUGUGGCUUCCCUUUGGUAGAGUUCAAUAAAUUUUAUAAUGGUUUCUUGUAUUCAAUAUAGUCAUUUCUUUCCAUACUUUGUAACUUAUAUCUCUUUGUUGUACCUUGGAGGUAUGAAUUGUUGACUUUUGAUAUAUCCUAAGCUAGAUUUUGACAUUGAACUUACUGGACAGGAUGGACCACUCUUUCUGUUAUUGAAGUUUGGUUGUUUUGUAGAAUUGACCAUUUUAAUUUUAUUGAGCAUGCAGCUUUUCUUUCAUGGCGGAGGAAAAUUCUCAAUUGAACAACUUGCAAGAAGAAAAUGGAGCCUCAGAGCUUCAAAGUCUUGUAGAAAGAGUUGGUGACCUUCCUCCAUUGUCUCCAAAAGAAGGAGAUGACAGUAAAGAAGUUUCAAAGAAGAAAAAGAAGAAAACUAGAAGCAAGAAAAAGAAAGAACUCUUAGAACAAACUGAUCCACCAUCAAUUUCUGUUAUUGACCUAUUUCCAUCUGGAGAUUUCCCUGAAGGUGAAAUUCAGCAAUACAAAGAUGAUAGCCGCAGUGACCUGCCAUACUACCAUACUGAUUUUUUAUAUGGCACCCAUGUUGAUGGAUAUAUAGUUGAUUGUGCUUUUACUGUGGCAUUCAACCCUAUGUUUGAUCCAUUGCUUGAAGCCUCUCGGGAAGCAACUAAUACGGGUAUUAAGGAAGCUGGAAUCGAUGUGCGCCUUUGUGACAUUGGUGCCGCUAUACAAGAGGUCAUGGAAUCUUAUGAGGUUGAGAUUAACGGAAAGGUGUAUCAAGUGAAGAGUAUACGGAAUUUGAAUGGGCAUAGCAUUGGUCGCUACCAAAUCCAUGCUGGAAAAUCUGUUCCCAUUGUGAAAGGCGGGGAGCAGACAAAGAUGGAAGAGGGUGAAUUUUUUGCUAUUGAAACCUUCGCAUCAACGGGAAAAGGAUAUGUACGAGAAGACCUGGAAUGCAGCCACUACAUGAAAAAUUUUGAUGUUGGUCAUAUCCCGCUGAGAUUGCCUAGAGCAAAACAACUGUUAGCAAAUAUUAACAAGAACUUCUCUACUUUGGCCUUUUGUAGACGGUAUUUAGAUCGCCUGGGGGAGACUAAAUACUUAAUGGCAUUAAAGAAUUUGUGUGACGCUGGCAUUGUUCAGCCGUAUCCUCCUCUGUGUGAUGUGAAAGGAAGUUAUGUAUCACAAUUUGAACAUACAAUCUUACUCCGACCAACAUGCAAAGAAGUUAUAUCAAGGGGUGAUGACUACUAAUGUGAAGUUGAAGUUUUUUUAAUAUGAUAUUGUACCAUUAUAUUUCUGAACUGUUUUCGCUGUACCAUCAACAUAUCGGUUUUAUAAUUAUAUGUUUCUACAGAGGACGCGGUUACUCAUUUAA